GGUUGAUGUCACACAAGCAGAAGCAAAACAAGCAUCCAACUCGGUCGCCUUAAUCACGUGACCACCUUGUCUGCUGCUGGCUGAGUGAAGCGUGUUAGCAGGUUUUUCUAUUUUGUACAUACAGAGUUUUGUAUAUACUGUAUAUGAUGAGCUCGCUGGGCAGCGAAAAGGCCCGGGGCCCUCGUGAAAAAGUGCCGCCUGCUGCCACCCACCCAUCUCAACCACAGAAACAGAUACAGGCUACUGCUGAGCAAAUCCGGCUUGCCCAGAUGAUCUAUGAUAAGAAUGAUGCUGACUUUGAAGACAAAGUUAAUCAGCUGAUGGAGGUUACUGGCAAGAACCAGGAUGAAUGUAUGGUCGCGCUUCAUGACUGCAACGAGGAUGUGAGCAGAGCCAUCAAUUUCCUCCUGGAAAGCACUUCGGAUAUGACCUCGUGGGAGACUGUAGGGAAGAAGAAGCCGCUGGUGAAGGAGGCUCCUUCGGAAAGCAAGGAGAACAAGGAAAACCGGGAGAAGAAAGGCGACAGGGAGGCGAGCAAGGGCCGUGCGUCAUCCAACCGCAAGGGCAAAGGCGCCAAUCGGAGCCGGCAGGGUGCUGCUCGUCCUGCAGAAAAUGGCGUGGAGGUGACACCAGUGGACAAAGGCUCUGAUCGAGGAAGGAGGGCAAAAGGUGGUCGAGGCUCGGGCGGUCGCGGGAGAGGCAGAGGACCAGCUACCAGCAGGUUCUCAGCCCAAGGCAUGGGAACUUUCAACCCCGCGGACUAUACCUCAGAGGCGGGGACAGGGACCACACAGAGUGAGGCUUGGGACACUGCGGCUAACAACAAUACAGAUGAAAUGGCUAAUUGGAGGAACCCGGUUGAAGACUACGGACCCGAAGACUGGAGUGAGGAUGUUAGUCUCUCGGAGACAAAGGUCUUCACUUCCUCAUGCGCGCCUCCUACUGAGAAUCAUAUCACUUCUGGCCAAAGUCUGGACCUAGCCUCUCUGCUGCAGAAGCCUGUAGUGGGUGGAAGAGAAGCACCCGCCUCCUCCUCCACUUCGCAGAGUCUGGUCUUCACCAACUCUCACCACCAUCCGCCGCCGCCACAGCAGCAACAUCAGCCUCCCCCGAGCCGCAGCACUGCCGGUGGCACCAGCUAUGCUCAUGCUGCUCUGUCAUCAGUUCUUGGUGCUGGUUUUGGAGACCUCGGGCAAGCCAAGAGGCCUGCACCCAGUGCAGGAGCGCAGAUACUGGAACAGCUUAAGGGUCCGGGCUUGGGUCCUCUGCCGUCGUCCCAGGUGGCACAUCCUGCCAACACCCAAGGCAGCCCUUCAAUCGGUCGCCUGCCGAGCCUGGGAGCGCCAGUACCUCCACACUCUUCGUCCAGCUGGGACAUGAAGGCGUCAGAAUCAAACGCCACCACACUGACCUCACAGUUCAGCCGUGAGUUUGGCCUCCAGCCAGAGCCUUCGCUUGUGCUGAGUCAGCUCAUCCAGAGGCACAGCGGCCCCUCCUUGCCACUGGCGCGCCAGCCCAGUCCACCAUCUCAACAAGUGGCCCCCGCAUCCGCCUCCUCUGCUCCCCAGCACAGCGGCACGUUGGCGCAGGCGGGCCCAGUCGCGGUGGCUGCUGGUCCCAAACAUUCGGGCGCCGGAUUGGAUGCUCACGGUUGCGGGACGUCGCAGCAGCAGCGGGCACAGCUGAAAGGUCAAAAACGAAGGAUACCUCCGACGUCAAAGAUCCCCUCGACAGCCGUGGAAAUGCCAGGCUCCACUGAUGUCCCCGGUCUAAACCUUCAGUUUGGAGCACUUGACUUUGGCUCCGAGUCUGCUUUGCCAGAGUUUGGAGUUGUGGACAACGCUGUCAGUGCCGCAUCCAGGGAAUCCACGCCGGCCCCUGGCCUGGUAGCACCCGCGUCAGGACCAGGGACUCAGAGUCAGACAAGCAUGUACUCCAAAACCCUCGGUGAGUCACUGGGAAGCUCUCUCUCUGUCGACCUCCCUCUGCCCCUGUCGUCGUCUGAGCCGGUGUAUCACACGUCCUCGACGGCACUCCCCAGUCUUACGCCCUCGUCGCUCGGUCCCGUCAGCUCCGGCACGCCUCCCUCGUCAUCGCUGACCACAUCGACCAUCUCGUCCUGUUCCGUGCCUCCCUUCUCCACUGUGGGAGGAAGCUACGAUGGCUCCUUGCCACCUCAAGCACGACUGGCCUUCUCCCAGAGUAAAGAAACGCCUGGACCGGUUAUGAAUGGUCUGAAUGGAGUAAGGACAUCUGCAGCUUUAGACAUUUCCUCAGCAACCUCCACACCAAAGCCCGACUCUCCGUCUCUCAACGCCAACACCAACUGCGCACCGCCACCCUCCUCCCACUUAACCCCCUCCACAUUGCCUGUGCAGAGCUCCAGCACGCUCUCCAGCCUGGCACAGGAGCUUCCCUCAGCUGGCCAGCUCAACGCUCUCAACAGCCAUGUCAACAGUCAUUCCUCAGCUCUCGGCUCCAGUUCUCUCACUUACACAAGUGUGGACAGCAGCAGCGUGAGCGCUCUCACUCCCGCCUCUACUUCCUACACGUCGUCGCAACCUCCGCCUUCGGCACUUCACUCGGUCCACAAUAGCAGCAACAGUAGCAGCGGCAUCGGUCACCUGGCGAACAUGUCCGGCAUGAGCAGCAACAUGAGCGGCGCCGGCGGACUUCAUUCCGCUGCCACCAGCGCGGCGCUGGGAUUCGGCUCCAAUGGAGCUACCGGCACAUCCAACCUCUCUGGACCAAGGACCGCACCCUUACUGUCCUCCUCCACUGGUAAAGCCCCACCAAACUUGUCCCAAGGCGUUCCUCCUCUGCUGCCUAACCAGUAUAUCAUGGGCCCAGGGGGACUGCUCCCAGCAUACCCACAGAUUUACGGCUAUGAGGAUCUCCACAUGCUCCAGUCCCGACUACCAAUGCCCUCCCUGCAGGAUUACUAUGGAAUCACAUUCCCCGGCCCCACCGCCACGCUGUCUAGCAGAGACGGGAGCCUUGCCAACAACCCCUACUCAGGUGAAGUCACAAAGUUUGGAAGGAACGACUCCACCUCUCCUGCACCACCCACAAGCCUGGCAGCCCAGCAGCAGCCCCCACAGGGCCAGAACCAAGGCCAGAGCCAGCCUCAGCCUCCUCAGGCCCAGCCGCAGGGCCAGCACCACAGCAGUCAGCAGGCCUUCCUGCCUCCGGGCUACAGCUACACGGGGCUGCCUUACUACGCCGGCGUGCCCGGCGCCGUACCCAGCGCCGCCGCCUUCCAGUAUGGCCCCACCAUGUUCGUUCCCCCGGGGGGCCCGGGACCUGCCUCGGCCAAGCAGCACAGCAUGGGUCUCAGCCUGGGGAACCCGUCUGCCAGCCCGUUCCAGCAGCAGACGCAACAGCAGCCCAGCGGCUACGGCCAGCACACCUUCAGCUCAGGGUAUGAGGAGCUGACAGCAGGACCAGCCGGAGUGGACUAUAGUAAAGGUUACAAUUCCUCCUCUCAGGCACAAGCCAAAUCUGCUGCUAGCGGGCCCGGUAAAGGGGUUUCGGUGACAUCCAGUAACUCCGGUGUGCCAGACAUCAGCGGAAGUGUUUACAAUAAGACCCAGUCUUUUGAUAAGCAGGGUUUCCACGCAGGGACCCCCCCUCCCUUCAGCCUGCCAUCUGCGCUGGGGGGUCCAGGACCCCUGAAUCCUGGAGCAGCCCCCGGAGGUUAUGCACCGGCACCCUUCCUUCACAUCCUGCCUCACCAGCAACCACACUCGCAGCUGCUGCACCACCAUCUUGCUCAGGAUGGACAGGGUGGUCCAGGUCAGCGUGGGCAGUCCAGCGGCCUGCAGCAGAAGAGCCAAGUCAAUAAGUCGAGCUACGGCAGCUCCCCCUACUGGGCCAACUGAAGUCGCUACGCUGUGUGUAUAUGCAUGUGGGUGUGUGCGUGACAGGAUUAUCAUUUGUGUGUGUGUUGUGCGCGAGAGUGCAUGCGGCACACUCAUGCGUCUGACUGAUAAAACAAUGGAGGGACAAACCAUUUUACAACAGAAGCUAAAACACACUACCACGGCCUCUCCUUUGCUCUGUAUAUCCCCUUUUCAAAUUUAUGUCUGUUGUAUGUAAAAUAUAUUUAUGUAUGUAUUUAUACAGUAUAUAUGUAUUAGUAGAACAUGAAAUGUGGUUUUCUGCAUUUUGUUUUGUUUUUUAAUUUUGAAGGGCAUUUUAUUUAAAAAGAAAAAAAAAUGGAAUGAGAAUGCUCAAUCAUGAAGUUGGUGAAUAUACUUGAACACAAAGCAUCAUGUGAUGUAGAUUCCUUUUUGUAUGCAUACAUGAACUGAGAACGAUGUACAUAGAAUCUAAGCAUCAUUUUCAUGGCUGAGGCCAUUUUUUAUUUUUUAGAAGAAAUGUUUUUGUAAUUUUGGUCUCCUGCAUCUGUGAAUCCUUAUUUGAAGUGUGACUUGAGUUGAUAGCUUGAUUUGGGUUUUUUUUUUUUUCUGCAGUUUUCCCUCCAUCUGUCUGUCAUUCUUCAACUUCUAAUAAUUGGCUGCUCACCAGCCAAGCCUUGAUGUCAUUUUAACAUUGGUUUAAACCUUGUCCAAAUUAAAAUGUAAACUGUU